GCAUUUCAUUAAACACAGUAAUUCUUUGCAGGUCAUCUCCAUUUUGAGAAGGAACAUAUCCAGAAACUGUGUUGGAAACUAAACUAAGUACCUCAACAGAAGAACAAGAUGUUUCAGAUGUGUAUUAGAAGACUUUCAUCUUUAAGUGUGAGAAAACCUUGGACAGUAAAAUUGCCCAAACGGUUAGAGGGAGGAAGAAUAGAAAAGUGGGGUAAUUACUGGAUGGGAGUUGCACAGGACUAUAAAGAAGUUUCUGUCGAUAUAGCAAAGUCCUGUAGAGAAAGACCAAUCAAAGCGUCAUUUUAUUUAUCUCUUAUUGGAGGCUGUAUAUAUGCCUGCAAAACAAAUCCUGAUGAAAGAGAUUUCCAAGAUAAAUUGCGGAGGUAUAUUAAUGAUUCUGCGAUGUUGAGUGAAAAAAUAAGAAAUUCAGAGGUGGAUGAUCAUUUUCGUUACUUAGCAGAUUGUUACAUUCAUGGUUUAGUACGAAGGUUGAGCUUGGGAAUUGUGUCUCUCAUGUGGGUGGACAACUAUUCAAAAGUAUGUGGAGUAUUCAAGAGCCGAUGUGAAUAUCUUCAGCCAAGAUACUUGACGUUCCAUGAACGUGUAGUUGACAUAGGUUUCCUGGGGAAUUGGUGGAUACUAGAAAAGAAGAUGGAGGAAUUUGAUAUUAAUCCUGAUGAAUGGAAGGAAAGUGAUGCUAAAAAAAGAAUAGAUUGAUCAUCCUCGAGAGUGCUUAGUUGCCAAGAUUAAUUUUGAAACAAAUGUGUGUACUGUACUGCACAUUCCUGACUACCUAUGUAUGGCCUAGGAUAAGAUCUUUAUUCAGACCCGUGCAAGUUUAUUGGACCCCAAAACUAGAUCACAGUCAUGUUAUGACCAAAACCACAUCAAGACCAGAAGCCAUG